AUGCAGAGGCAGAGGACACCUUCAAGACUUCGCUUCAAUGCAUCUGCCCGGGGUCCAGACAAGAACGUGUUGUUAGGCGAUUCGAGCCGCAACAGUCCCUGGAAGACGUCUCGCAGGAACAGCGUCCGUGUUCAGUUCACGCUCCAGUCAUCUUGUCGGAAUUCUCCGGGCGUUGAUAGACAAAACGCUUCGCCUUGCUCGAUUGGACCGAGCAAAUGCGCAGUCGUGGAAGCCUGGCUCGGGCCUCGAACGAAGCCAAUUUGUAGAUAUGAUGAAUACCGCGAGAUGACACUGUUGUGA